CAUGGAAAGCUUCCCCCCACUCACAGGCCUGCAGAGUGAGUGCUGCCAAACCCCUAGCUCUCAGGAGAAGCCAUUUGCAACAAAGAUUUAAACCCACCCCCCAAUGUUCCCUGGCAGACAUGAGACAAACAUCACAGACCAAGUUGGACUCUGUCCCUUUCCCCUCUAGUCAAGGCAACUCUGGAACACUACUACUUCCUCUGCAGUAAGACAGUCAAGUUCAUCCCCCUGCAGCAGCAGUGUAAUGGGCUGGACGAUUGCUCCUGGGGAGAGGACGAGGAGAACUGUGUGCAGCAGGUCCCAGAAGGCCCACCCGUGGAAGUCCGCAUUUCCAAAGACAGAUCCACCUUGCAGGUGCUAAACAAAGAGACUGGAGCCUGGUUCUGGGCAUGUCAUGAUAACUUUCACAUGACCCUGGCAAAAGCAGCUUGCAAGCAAAUGGGCUACAGCAGCGUCCCCACGUUCAGUGCGGUGGACGUUGCAGACACACAGGGCCUGCCCGUCAGGGAGGUCACACUGAACAAUGGGGUCCUCCGAGGGCAAGACUCCGGCAGGCAGUGCCUCUCUGGAUCCGUCGUUUCACUCACAUGUGCCACCUGUGGAGAAAGUGUGAAGUCUCCACGUGUGGUUGGUGGGGGCCAGGCCAGGAUCCACUCUUGGCCAUGGCAGGUCAGCUUACAGCACAAAACCCAGCACCUCUGUGGGGGCAGCAUCAUUGACCCGAGGUGGAUCCUCACAGCAGCACAUUGCUUCAGGAACAACCUGGCCCUUCAGAACUGGCGAGUGAAAGCAGGAUCUGAAAUCCUCUCCAACUUCAACACUAUCCCCGUGGAAAAGAUCUUCAUCACUGACAGUAAUUCUAUGUUCCCCAAAGAUAAUGACAUUGCCCUGGUAAAGCUGACGUCUCCCUUAAGUAUUUCAGACACGGUUAAGCCAAUCUGUCUGCCUUUUUUUGAUGAGCAACUGCCCUCUAAUGCCCCACUGUGGGUGACAGGCUGGGGCUACACACAGCAGGAUGGUACAUUGUCCAAGUCUCUGCAGCAGGCCCAGAUCAGACUGAUUGACAGCAACGCCUGCAAUGCUCUCGACGCCUACCAGGGGCACGUCUCAGAGAAGAUGCUAUGUGCAGGCCUCAUGGAAGGUGGUGUCGAUACCUGCCAGGGAGACAGCGGCGGCCCCUUGAUGUACAAUCCAGGGCACUGGCAGGUGGUGGGGAUCGUCAGCUGGGGACACGGCUGUGGCGGACGAAGCACUCCCGGCGUCUACACCAAAGUUCAGGCCUAUCUCAACUGGAUCUACACCGUCCAGAGGUCAGAGCUCUGAGGACUCCCGCAGCGGCAGCUUCUCGUCACGGCCCCUGCGUUCAACAUCUGGUUGCCCUGGUUCUGAGACCUGCUGGGAAACGACUUCCAGCCAUUGCACCUGGGACCUGCCCAUCCCUGGGUUCACGUUCUGAAGGCCCUGCACCAUGCCAUGAUUUAGCAGCAGCUCGGGGCCCCGGGGGUGGUUAAAGGGGAGCUACAAGCAGAGGCCCCCGUCACAUCCAAGGAAUUUGCCUGGCUCAGAGAGGAUGAGGUAUUGCUCUCUACAGCCACGCCGGGCCAGGCAGGGUUGCUUGGAUCCAAGCUGCCAUUUGCUCAGCCCAGUUCUACCCCAUCGCGGGGCUGGUGAAACAAGCAAAGCCUUUCCCCUGUCGCCUGGUCUCGCUCAGGAAAAGUUUAUUCUUCUUAAGAAAAGACCUUUGCAAAAGGAUGUAAUCCCUAUUCUUUGCUAGAUCCAAACCUCUGAUCCCAACAGAACCAGACUUUGGGGCCCAUCCAGCACCACCAGUGGCCCAGGCCCAUCUCCAGCCUCUUGGGCAGAAACCACGCUUUGUGGCCUACAGAAUAUGGAGGUUCUCUGACUCCUCUUUAAAUCUCCACAGUCUUAAACCAAGCCCCAGUGCUCAGCUGGGGAAAACGGGCUGCACUGCCACCUGCCAAACUUCUUUAUCUGAAAUAAGAGCACACUAUUGUGUACCCCACAUUGGAUGAUUUUCUGUUGGCAGAACAAGUGCUGUUCUGGGCUGUGGCUGCAGAUGGCUGUUUGCUGUGAUUGUCACCGGAAUGAGCAAUUAUAUUUAGUUCAAUAUCAGCCUUAGGCGACACCAAGGCUUAUGCUGAACCCUGUAAUAACUACAGGUCCACAAACAAUCUCAUGCCUUGCACAUGAGACCAGCAUGUACUAGUGAACUGAGCGCAGGAACUCCUGCCUUCAAACCUGAGUCUGCCACUUACCUUGUCAGGACAACGGAGAUAACCAGAGCACCUCUGGUACAACUCCAGCGGGGUGAGCAUAGCGUAAACGUGGUUGGAACGAGAGGACAAUUGGCCGCAUGAGAAAUCUGAAAUCUGACACAAACCGUUCGGUGACAAUGAUCCGCUGGGCUCUCGGGCCAAGACUCGGCACUUCUCCGUCCCGUGGCUGCUGCAAUGAGCCUGUGAGGCAGAAACAAAGAGCAAGUCCCUCUCCAGGGUGCAUGAGACACAAAUCAACAGGCUGAAAGUGACGCUUCUGAGCAAGGCUGCAGGCUGGUGCCAGGGGCUCGGAGACUGAACCCGUGGGGAAGGCGGGAGGGAGGAAAGACACAGAGCAAAUUGUAUUUCAGGAAAGAAUUCCAAGCAAGUGGGCUGGAGAGCAAGAGUGCAAUGCCAGAGGCAGCAAAUAACUGGACCCGUGGCACUCUCUGCUGCCUCUGCUGCACGGGGUCCUGGUGAGCACUGGGGCCCGGGGGAGCGUGACAGACGCUACAGCAGGUUAAAAGCAAAACCAGCAAUCACACAGCGUCUCAUUCAUUAACGAUUGUGCCCCAGUGAGUUUCCCCAGAGCACCCUGCAGUGGGAUCCACGUGUCCUACUCCCAGCUCUGGCACAGGCUCCCUCAUUGGCCUUGAACAAGUCAUGUCACUGCUCUGUGCCUCAGUUUCCCAUCUGUGAAAUGGGGACAAUAUCUGCCUCUCUGGGGUGUCGGGAGGGAGAAUCAGCUAGUGCCUGUGAAGUGCCUGCAGCCCUCAGGGCAGCAGGUGUCAUGGAAGUGCCACGUUUUCUCAUCAUUGCCUGCAAAUCACACACCUGAGUCCAUUUCAGGAGUCAAGUUCCUGCUGGUGCUAGAUGGAGCGACUCACCAUUGGCUUUAGCAGCUAGGGGCGGGAGCCAGCCACCCUUCCCCUCGGUAAAGCUUGGCGCACACACAGCCCCAGGAACGGGGUCGCCGUGUCUGUCAAGCAGCAUGUUCCCUGACCCCACUGACAAGUCCUGCCUCAAAAGGGAAUCACUCGUGAUCAUUCCCUGCCCUUCCAGGCUCCAGCACUUCACACAGCCCGUACCCCCAUGGCAGUGCAGCUCCUAGUACCGAGGCACGCCUAGGCACUACCACAGGUCCCAGAGCACUCUGGGCCCAGUUCAGGCCUGGCAUCAUACUCCAGUGAAGUCAGAGGGGUUGCCCCAGGGAGGGAUCUGGCCUCUUGUACCUGUCUCAGCCUGUACUAGCCAUCUGAGCUCUUUUAAAUGCUGCAUUUCCCACAACCUCUCAAAGCCACAGGCUUCCAAACACUAGUAGCCUCAGCCCCCGCUCUGUGCCUUCUGCAGGCCUCCAGCCCCCGCAUCAGCUCCUCCAGGCUCAGCGCAAGAUCUUCAACAGCGAAGGCUUUCAGGCAGGCUCCUGAGUCCACAGCCAGGCACCUAAGCAGAAGGGCUCCAAAUUUCAGAGGGGUGAGCCCCCAGCAGCUCCCCAAAUCAGGCCACUAAUUUCAGUGUCUACAAAACGAUUUAGGAGCCUACUUUAUAUCUCCCAUUUCUGAAAAUCUGAGACAGUGUCUCUGCUCCAGACCCCACUGCGGCUGCUGCCCCUUCUCCAAACUCCUACUCAGCCUGCUGCUGGUGGGACUGGCUGCUCGAGAGGGGAACAUCGCGCCAUGGGAACCACAGUAGCCAGGUGUCACUGCGUAGCAGAGAGAGGGUGAAUGACUAGCUCUUCAGAAGAAGGGAGAUUUGGUGAACAGAGAGACCCGAUUCUGAGAACAGCCGGGAAAGGAAAAACAAAAAUACCCUUUAAAAGUUCAUUUGUGUUUAGGCAAAUCCUAGUGGGUUACAACGCUCUCGUUAACCCUCCGCUAAUAAUGAUGAUUCCUCUGAGAUGCCAAGAUUACUCUCACCUGGCCAUUGUUCCUGAUUCCCAUGGGAAAAGGGAUGGGGGGAGAACAAUCAGAGUUGCUUCCCUUCCUCUCAUGAACAAAGCUUUAUUGUGCAGAAGUAAUGAAGAAAAUGCCUUGUGACAUUCGCUAGCAAACUGCAUUAGUCUAGAGGGAUACUGUCAUCUUGAAUUAUCUUAAAUGACUAAUUUGUUUGGGCUUUUUAAAUCAACUUUCUGAUAUAUCCUUAGUCUAACGAGGAUCAGGCCUAUUCACCUUGAACUUCAUCAUGAGGGUGUCCAGCAUUCUAAUUAACCUUCUGUUAGAAGCACUUUGCCCUUCUACAGCUGUACAGCACUUUUCAUCUGGAUCUCAACACACCUGACGUCAUUAAUUCUUGUAACACCCCUUUAAAAGAGGGCAGCAGCAGACUCCCCGGUUUACAGAGCGGUGAAGAGACUUACCUUUGGCUACAGCCUGAGGCAGUAAGGGCCAGGAACAGAACCCAGGAGUCCCAAGUCCAACUCUCCUGCUAUGAUCACCAUUCAGUACCCUGGCUGGAAUUCCAUGUUCUUUCGUGAAUAAAAGGAGAGCAAAGCAGCAGUUUUCCAUUUAUAUCAGUCUUGUAAAAUACAAAGUGCCUUUAAUCUGCUCUGAA